UCUUACCCAAAAAAUAAAAUUAAAAAAAAAGAAAAAAAAAAGGAAAGAGAAGCAACGAAUUGGCUUCCAACGACCACACGCCUAAUCGCCUCUUUUUUUCUUUUGGUGAGUUUCGACUUCCGAGAUUCCAUUUUCCCUGUGGGACUCGCUGAUCCAAUCCAUCACACAUACGGUCUCGCCGUUCGGUGCUUCUCUCUCCUGGCGUUCCUUAUCCUCUGAGGUUUGAUCACCUGCAAGGGUUUCUAAGGCUAGGGUCUUGAAGCUCCGUUGUUGCUGCGGCUGCUAUGGCAGUUUCGAAUGGUUUCGCAGCUACCUUUGCAGGUGUGAAGUUGGAGUGUCUCAUUUGCAAGACCUCCUCGAGGGCUUCUGAUUCUAAGAUCGGGCUCUUCACCAAACCCGCCGGAAAUAGGAGAAGGAUCGUUGAAAGACGGGUUUCUAUUAGGUGUGACGGUGGAUCUGAUGUUUUGGUCAAGGAUGAUAAGACUGAUUCCAGGGCUUCCAGCAUUCUUGCUCUCGAGCAGCUCAAGACCACAGCCGCUGACAGGUAUACAAAAGAAAGGAGCAGCAUUGUGGUUAUAGGGCUUAGUGUUCACACCGCACCAGUAGAAAUGCGAGAGAAACUUGCUAUUCCCGAAGCAGAAUGGCCACGAGCCAUUGGAGAGCUCUGUGGCUUGAACCAUAUAGAAGAGGCUGCUGUUCUUAGUACCUGCAAUAGAAUGGAAAUAUAUGUGGUGGGUUUAUCCCGGAAUCGUGGAAUCAAAGAAGUGAAAGAUUGGAUGGCUAAGACGAGUGGAGUUCCUGUUUCAGAGCUUCAACAACACCUCUUUUUACUGUAUGAUGAUCAUGCUACAAAGCAUCUGUUUGAAGUGUCAGCUGGGCUUGACUCUCUUGUUCUAGGAGAAGGACAAAUCCUUGCUCAGGUUAAGCAAGUUGUCAAAGUUGGUCAGGGAGUUCUUGGCUUUGGGAGGAACAUCAGUGGCCUCUUCAAGCAUGCCAUCAGUGUAGGAAAGCGUGUUAGAACUGAAACCAACAUUGCGGCUGGUGCAGUUUCUGUCAGCUCAGCUGCUGUGGAGCUUGCCUUGAUGAAGCUUCCGGAAUCGUCCUCAUCCUCUGCCCGGAUGCUGGUGAUUGGAGCAGGCAAGAUGGGAAAACUUGUGAUCAAACACUUGGUUGCAAAAGGUUGCAGGAAGAUGGUGGUUGUUAAUAGAUCUGAGGAGAGAGUUACAGAAAUUUGUGAGGAACUGAAGGAUGUGGAAAUAAUCUACCAACCCCUCACUGAAAUGCUUUCGUGCACUGCUGAAGCUGAUGUAGUUUUCACCAGCACAGCCUCAGAAUCCCCCUUGUUCUUGAAAGAGCAUGUUGAAGCACUCCCCCUUGCCAGUCCAGAAAUCGGGGGUGUGAGGCUUUUUAUUGAUAUUUCUGUUCCAAGGAAUGUGGGGUCUUGUGUCUCAGGUGUCAAUAAUGCACGAGUCUACAAUGUUGAUGAUCUUAAGGAAGUUGUGGAAGCUAACAAAGUGGAUAGACAUCGGAAAGCAAUGGAAGCUCAAGCUAUCGUCACCGAGGAAUCCAAACAAUUUGGAGCUUGGAGGGACUCUCUGGAAACUGUUCCCACCAUAAAGAAGCUGAGAGCUUGCGCUGAAGCAAUCAGAAUUUCAGAGCUGGAGAAGUGCUUAUCAAAGUUGGGUGACGUCCCAAAGAAGACACGGAAAGCUGUUGAUGAUCUUAGCAGGGGUAUAGUUAACAAGCUUCUUCAUGGUCCAAUGCAGCACUUGAGAUGCGAUGGAAGUGACAGUCGCACUUUGAGUGAGACACUCGAGAACAUGCAUGCACUAAAUAGAAUGUUCAGUCUUGAGACAGAGAUAUCUGUACUGGAACAGAAAAUCCGAGCCAAAGUUGAACAAAACCAGAAGUAACUUAACUCAUUUCAAGAGAGAUUGUAGGGUCAUACCACAUCUCUUCCAUGGUUUGUCUUUUUAUGUGUUUAUAUCGUGUUCUUGUAUUGCCAUCCACCAUACUAGGAAGCAAGCAAAAUUUUUUUGAAGGGAGCUUGAUCAGUGUAUCGAAGUCUUAUGUCCCCAGAUUUGCAGGGAGCAGAUAACUAGUUGAAUGAAAAACCAUUAAUGAUGUUAAAGCACCAAGCACACUUUGUAGGAAAUGAUAAUGCACUAUUCUUCCGUUGAACUCUUAGAAGGGAAGGCUGUGAUUAAGUCAGAAACUAGAGCAGAUUUGGCAUUUGUAUUUCUAUCAGAUUAGCCAUCUUCUGUUUUAUAAAUCAAAACUAUGCUUGUUGGUGAGCCAUUUUUAUA